AGAAAAAAUUUCGCCCAGGCUACGGGAGUCAAAAGUGUCCAUCAGUUCCUCAUUCCACACGUCACAUCUCGUAAUAAAUUCCACCCGAGCCACGACUGUUGCAACUUUACAAUACGGUUACCUUGGUACAGUACAGGGUAUCUAUCUUACAAGCAUUCGUGGUGUUUGUGGUUGAGGACUUUCUGGUAGCACCGUCGACGGCCCGUCACGAAGGUUCUCAAGCUACGACUCUACAAGUAACGACUUGUCCCCACGCGAUAAGAGUCCGAGUCUAGAUCUCAAAACGCAGAUGACAACACUACACACACUGUACGACAACCUCAGAUAUCGUCUUCUCCAGUCUCGUAAUGCCCAAUAAUUUGCUCAACCUUCAAGCCAUGUAUUGAUGAUGGACUGGCAUUUCGACAGUGGAUUCCAUCGCAAUCAUGGUUGGCACGGGAGGAAAGGAAUGGCCGGCCCUGGGACGAGGCACUCUCACACGAAGUCGGCCAACAUUCUUAGCACGCACAGCUACCGAUGAUGCUGCUCAACUGUUACGAAGAUCGUCAUUUGCUGCUUUAUCAGAAUCCCGAGGCCAACCACCGGACGAUCAUGGUGAUUCUGUUCCCGAUUCUCCUUCGAGGCCCGUACCUGUUCCGUCCGCGGCUUCCAGCCCCUCGAUCACUCGUCCCCAAACAGCCUCGUCGACAGGCGUGUAUGGGACUUUCGACAAUGUUCAUAAUGUGCAAGAAAGUGGCCGGGCUAAUGGGCAAGUUGAUCUUGCAGCCUCUAUGCCACAGGAUCCCUUGACCGGACAGUUGCAUUCUGCAAGCACCAAACCUGAGACUCCCACCUCUAACCAAGUGCCUAUACUGCCACGAGCGAAUGGUGGCACCGACAAGCUGGGUACGUUUUCAGGAGUAUUUGUCCCUACGAGUCUGAACGUGUUGAGUAUUCUCAUGUUCAUCCGAUUUGGUUUCAUUCUGGGCCAAAGCGGUGUUAUCGGCAUGCUGGGCAUGUUGGCCGUCGCUUACUUGAUCAAUCUCUUGACAACCAUGUCUAUCUCUGCCGUGGCCUCAAACGGUGUUGUGCGUGGCGGUGGUGCUUACUACCUAAUCUCCAGAUCCCUGGGCCCUGAGUUUGGUGGAGCUAUUGGACUGGUCUCGUAUCUUGGAUUCGUGUUCAAUACUGGCAUGAAUGCGGCUGGUCUCAUCGACUGUCUCUAUUAUGUCUUUGGGUCUGAAUCUGGAGAUUGGGCAAAUGCUAUCCCUGAAGGUCCUUGGUGGCAGUAUCUGUUUAGCACAGCGGUCGUGGUGGUUUGCGUCGCCAUCUGUCUAGCAGGGAGCUCCAUCUUCGCUCGCGCCAGUAAUGCUCUUCUCCUCAUUCUCUUGCUCGCCACAUUCAGCAUUCCUCUCUCGGCCCUCGUCAUGCAUCCAUUCUUCGGCAAAAAUCACUUUACCCACUUUACCGGAUUGAGCAUCAAGACUCUGAAAGCAAAUCUGUUACCACAGUUCACCAGAGGCGCUGCGGGAAGUCAAGUACGUGGCAAAGAGAACUACCAGGAUCUCUUUGGCAUUCUCUUCCCAGCUACUGGGGGUAUACUAGCUGGGGCCAGCAUGUCCGGUGAUCUGAAGAAUCCCAGCAAGUCUAUUCCACGCGGCACCUUGGGCGGACUUGCUCUCACAUUCAUCUCGUACACCUCGGUCAUCAUAGCCCUCGCUGCAAGUGUCACGAGAGAAUCAUUUUACAGGAACGUGAACGUAGUUCAGGACACGAACGUGUCCGGUGCGCUCAUUCUUGUGGGUGAGAUUGCUACAACCUUUUUCAGCGUCUUGAUGGGCAUUAUCGGUCCUGCCAAACAGCUCCAGGCCAUUGCCCGUGACAGCGUCUUCCCAGGCCUUUCGAUAUUCGGUCAAGGGAGUCGGAAAUCUGACGAACCGGUCCUUGCCAUCUUCUUCACCUUUAUUGUAGCACAACUUACUCUUGUUCUUGACAUCAAUAGGAUUGCGUCUCUGAUUACGAUGACUUAUCUAAUGACAUUCUUUGCUCUUAAUGUUGCCACAUUCCUCCUACGAAUUGGUUCGGCUCCUAACUUCCGACCGUCUUUCCAUUAUUUUAGCUGGUGGACGGCAGCGGCAGGUGCCGUCAUGUGCGUCGCCAGUAUGUUUUUUGUUGAUGGACUCUCUGCUUCAGGCUCAAUCGCCAUCCUCCUGAUCCUGAUUGUGAUCAUUCAUUACACCACAAUCCCAAAACCUUGGGGCUCAAUUUCCGAAGUACUUAUUUACCAUCAGGUGAGGAAGUAUUUGUUACGGCUGAAAUCAGAACAUGUCAAGUUUUGGCGUCCUCAGGUACUCCUCUUCGUGAACGACCCUAGAAGAGGAUACAAACUCAUUCAGUUUUGCAAUUCCCUGAAGAAGGGGGCACUUUUCAUCAUUGGCCAUGUGAUUGUCACUCAAAACUUUGGUGACUCUGUACCCGAAGCUCGACGCCAACAAGCCGCUUGGAACAAAUUCAUCGACUUUUCCAAGAUCAAAGCCUUCGUCAAUGUCGCUAUCUCGCCUUCUAUUGAGUGGGGGGCGAGAAACAUUUUCCUGUCGGCGGGUCUGGGAGGUAUGCGGCCCAAUAUUGUUGUUUUCGGCUUCUACAACAUACAACAAUUCCGCGCAGAACAACCAUUAGUUGAUGUUCCCAGCCCUCCUCCAGAGAGGAAACACAGUUCACUCAAAAGGCGAAGGACGAGCAAGAGUAUGAUGAAAGGAGAGCUUCCUACAGAUUCAUGCUAUGUCGAGAAACGAACCGAUGUCCAGAGCUACGUUAUGGUGCUAGAAGACAUGAUAUUAAAGCUCAAGACAAACGUGGCUGUCGCCGUUGGCUUCGGAGAGCUGGAAUUACCCAAAGCCCCAGAAGGGGUUACGAAGAAAUUUAUCGACCUUUGGCCGAUUCAGAUGUCGGCUGAGAUUACCUCCGAGGCGGAUGGCCAAUCUCGAAAUGUCCUCACGACAAAUUUUGACACCUAUACACUUAUCCUCCAACUUGGCUGCAUAUUACACACUGUGCCUUCAUGGAAGCGCGCCUUCAAACUCCGAGUCGCGGUUUUUGUCGAAUACGAAUCUGACGUGGAAGACGAGAGGUCACGCGUUACAUCUCUGCUCGAAAACCUUCGCAUUCAAGCGGAGGUGCUCGUCUUCUGGUUGGCUUGUGGUAGUGUGAAAUCUUACAACUUUAUCGUAAAUGGUCAAGACGUGGACGAUGAAACCCGUGAUCAGGCUGAUAAGGUGUUGGAAGAUGAAACAUGGUGGCGUGAGCUUCAAACACUCCGCGGUCACUCCCAAUCCGGCGAUAUCAGUGCUGCCGACGUGCUCUCGAUGACAGAGGAUGUCGAGUGGCCCAAUUCUUCUUUCCAAGGAAGAAGAGAAGCUUCUAUGGUUCGUUUUGAAGGCUUGCGGAAGCUGCUUAAUCGACCCAGGAGGAAGUCUUCGCUGGGGAACUUGUCCAAUCUAGGCAUUAGCCUCUCCAUGCGGACUUCACGCCUUGAUGAUGAUAUGCUUAGUCGGCACGCUUCUCACCCUAGCGACUCUGAAGGGUCAAGUUCCUCGAGUGAGGAAGAUGAUGAGAAUUACGAAGAUGAAGACAACUAUGAGGCCUCCGCAGCAAGCUCCUCUGAGGAGGAGAUGCUGCUUCACGAGUCGGAUUCCGCCGAUUUAAGAACUUCAAGCAAAGCCAAAAGUUCCUCGAAAAAGAGCAGCCUAGCAAGUUCUAAAAGAUCCAAGAGGAAACAUAAGAAACCUAGACACCAAGGUGCGUCCGAGUCAACAUCUUCGCCAUCUCAAUUGCAGCCUCUAGAUGGGAAACUCAUGGGUGACACAAAUGAAGACCAACGUGGGCGCAGUCCGGCUGCGAUGGCCGGCUUCGCUCCCUCGCCCAUGUCUACGAACACUCUACAGGUUUCCAGCUCGAAGCGUGGCACGUCGCCAAAUUUCACAUCUUCGCCAGUGCCUCUGACGCGGCUGGCAAGCGAGGAGGGAGUCGGGCCGUCCAUUAUGUUUGCUGAUGAACCUCAUCCUCGACGGCAGACGGUGGACGAAACUGAGCCAGAUACCGGUCGCUCAAUCUACCAGCGGACUAUAGACGACAGUGCCCGGCCCCGGCCUCCGUCUGGGUUUCCGUCAGCUGCCUCUAUUCCAUUGUCCUUUAACGAUUUGCCAAGUCGGGCACAGCACCUGAUAUUGAAUGAAUUGAUAUCGCAGAAUAGCGAAGAUACCGCGGUGAUAUUUACAACACUCCCAGCGCCGGUUGACGGUACAUACAAGAGUGAAGUUGACAGUCUUGGCUAUAUCAGCAAUCUGGAAGUCUUGGUCGGUGGAUUGCCGCCAACGCUUCUUGUACACAGUAACAGUAUGACCGUUACCACCAAUUUAUAAGGUGGAAAGGAAGUCAUCAGCCGCGGAUGACGAGACCGCGAGUACUGUACUAGUACUGGUCGAACAUAGAUCCAUCAAUUGGCUGCUCAAUGUAGGCAGCCCAUAUAAAGACAAGUUCGUAAAUCCUUCUCUUCCCAAGGAAAUAGUGU